GGGCAGCUCGAAUACUGCACGUCUCGCUUGACGCUCGACUCGCUUCGAGCUGCAUGCAUCCUUGACCCAUAUGCUCGUCUGCCACCCCGGCUCACCCGUCCGCACCUUUUGACAAGCAUGCUUUCACACGCCGUCUACGUUGGAGCCUUACACGUAGGACCCCACAAAGGUAGGAUAAAUGGCAGUGCUGCCAGACACUGCGUGCAGCGCGUUAACCGUACUAUACGCGCCGUAUCUUGGUCCUUAACGAGCCAUGUCCAGCGGCGCUCCACCUUGGCAGUAUGACGCUGCAGCUAGGCAGUGGUUCUACUACUCUAGUACGCUGCAGUGUAAGGUAUACGACAGCGAGCUUCGAGCUCAGACACGGAACGGAGGCAGUGGUAACGCAAACAUAGGCUCUCAAUCAAGUCCAUACUGUCAGACAAUGCAUCCCAACGAUGCUGGGGGGCAACAGCACGCAUUGUCGCCUCAUGCUAAACCAUACCACCCUACGCAAGUUACUGCUCCAAUGGCGAUACCCCAGCGACCAGCACAACAAUCAGCACAAUUCUCGACUAAUCUUCCGUACGACCCCAACGCCACUCCCCGCUUAGGUGGCAACGUAUCAACGAGCCUAGGUAGCGACUUCGCUCUACUUUCUCUUGGUGGCCACUCGUACCCCACAGGGGCCAGUGUGACUCAGAGCUUUACGAAGCCUUCCGGCGUGGCUGAAUAUGUCACGACCAGUCCGGCAGGCGUGCAGUCUCGGUACGAAAUGGGCCCAGCAAGUCAGAUUACCGAUCCUACGCUCUUGGCCAAUGGAAUCGGCGCCUCCAAAAAGUUCCUUGGCGUUAGCGAUGCUCAUGUUCGCUCCCAACAACAAUUCAGUCAAGACUACAAGAUCCGUGAUAACCCACGAAGAUUCUUCCGGGUUGGCCGCGUCUUUCACAUGCUACAUCCAGAAGCAGCUGGACAGCACACAGAAACCGAGACCGAACUUACCUUCGACACCACCUUUGGUAAGCCGUUCCUCAUCAAGGUCCGUCGAGUGGUCGUGGUCAAAGAAGGCGAUGCACACUGUACAGUAGUUGCCAUCUUCACCUACUCCGGCCGUGGUGUCGGCAAACCUGGCGUCAAAAAGUCCGAUCACACCAUAAUCUAUACAGGACGUUCGCCACCGCCAACAUCACCUUCAGAACAGCCAAUCCGCGGCGAACAAGGCAUGCGGCCGUUACCAAUCAAAGUUGAGCCUAACAUCCGCGGCACCACCCUCAGCCCUUCUUCGCGGCUUAACUUUGCCAAAGUAUAUACAGUCGAGCAUGAUGUGGCUGUUCUGAAUUUUGGUAUGGUAAGCGCAGGCUCAAUGCAUGCUUUAGAAUCGCAAUUCCGGGACGUCUGGAGUUUGAAUGUACUGCGCCGUUCGCUGCUGAGACCAAAAGAACCUCGAUUCCGCGCAGAUAGUGUUAGGCAGCCACCGACUUUGCCGGACGCGGCGGAGCAUUCAGAAGACGAGGACGACGAAGAGUCUGAAGACUCUGAGGCUGAGGAUGGCGACCCAACGCGAAGAAUGGUGGCCGCAAUCGUUAAUGCCUAUGAGCGUACUGGCCGUGCAACCGCACAAGCUCGCGAUGAGGUUUAUAAGCGGAUACGCGGCGUUAUGGAUCAUAGCGAAUGCUCACGAGAGAACGCCGUCACGCUUCUAUACAGAACGCUCUGCACCCAACAAACUACAGUCGGCGGUGCUAGUGAGCGUGGAUAGAACGACGAGAGCGAGCGAAUGAGGUAUCGGCAAUACGGGAGUGUUGACAACCCAUCCUGGUUGGUGUUUAUUGAAACGGGUCGCUUGACUCGUUUCAUUUAUACGUGACGUCGAGUCUGGGUUCUCCUGCCGCUGCAGGUGUCCUGACUUCGACAUCGAUGCAAGAAUCGUCAUGCACGAGCGGCUUGGUGGAAUUCACGGGAUCGAAAGAGUUUUACUUAUAUUUAUCGCGUCCUGUGGAGCCUGUUGGAAGGUACGUACGAAUCUCCGCACGCGGAGGUGUAUUGAGUCGAGGGAUCUGUGCUCAAUCGGCGGUCGUGUCACCCACGAG